GACUGCCUGUGAGGCUGUGAGGCAAUGCACUGGCAUGAUUACAACCCUGGAACCAUUUAUCUUUAAGAAGUUGAAACCCGGUAGCAUUCUGUUUUCGACCUGGAAAGAUUUUUUCCUUUUCAGAAUUGACACAGACAAGCACCAGAAAUAGAUACAUGUUUCAGGCACCAUCCGGUGCUGCCAUCUCCGCAACCAUGGCUCCAGCUCUUCCACCAAAAGUUGCCACCGUCUCCCUCCUCUCCUUUCUCAUGCUAGUCUCGUGCGCUGCGAGUCGGGACAUUCUGCAGCUGGGAUCCUCCCUCGCUGUGGAAACCUACCAGAGUGACAUCCUGCGGUCACCGGACGGCACCUUCUCCUGCGGCUUCUACAGCGUCUACGACAAGGCCUUCACGUUCUCAAUAUGGUACUCCGAGGCGGCCAACAAGACCAUCGUCUGGAGCGCAAACCGCGACCGCCCCGUCCACUCCAGGGUGUCAGUCCUGACCUUGCGCAAGGACGGCAACAUGGUCCUCACAGACUACGACGACACCAUCGUGUGGGAAGCUGGUGAUUACCUCAGAAAUGUUCAGCAUGCUCAGCUGCUGGACACCGGAAAUCUCGUCAUGAAGAAUACCAGCAGCGACAUAGUAUGGCAGAGCUUUGAUUCACCGACGGACACGAUCCUGCCAUCCCAGGGCAUCACAGCUGCGACAAAGUUGGUCCCGACAACCCAGUCUCGUUCUCCUGGUAACUACAUCUUCCGUUUCAAUGAUAUAUCGGUGCUGUCACUCAUAUACGAUGUUCCUGAUGUCUCGGAUAUAUAUUGGCCGAAUCCUGAUAAUAGCGUCUACGACAAUAACAGAAGCCGGUAUAACAGUACUAGAUUGGGCAGUUUAGACAGCAAUGGGGUGCUUGCAUCUAGUGAUUUUGCUGAUGGAAUACUACUUAAGGCAUCUGAUGCAGCAGCAGCGGGGACCAAGAGAAGGCUAACUCUCGACCCUGAUGGUAAUCUCCGGAUGUACAGCCUGGAUGACUUGGAUGGGGUGUGGUCAAUUUCAAUGGUAGCAAUCUCCCAGCCUUGCACCAUCCAUGGUCUAUGCGGUCAGAAUGGAAUCUGCCAUUACUCGCCUAAACCUACGUGCUCAUGCCCACCAGGUUAUGUGAUGACCAACCCAGGUAACUGGACUGAAGGCUGCACGGCUACUUUCAAAUUAACUUGUGGUGAUCAGGAACCUGUGCAGUUUGUGAAGCUCCCCCACACGGAUUUCUGGGGAUCUGAUCAGAAGCGUCUUCUAGGAAUUUCCUUGGACGCUUGUAUGGACAUUUGCAUCCGUGACUGCACCUGCAAAGGCUUCCAAUACCAGCAAGGCACAGGGUCAUGCUACCCGAAAUCUCUUCUUUUCAAUGGAAUGAGUUGUGCGACACCCAGGGUGAGAGCAAUCUAUCUCAAGCUCCCUGCCAGGUUCAAUGUUUCAGAUACACCUAUUCCUCAGUCCAAUGUGUUGGAUCCGGCGCCGCCUACUCUGCAGUGUGAACAGAUGAGCCGGGGAGUCAGAUACCCAUUUCCGGAUGUAAAAGAAACCAGUGAUGGAGAAUCGAAGUGGUUCUACUUCUACAGUUUCAUAGUUGCAAUUUCUAUUAUUGAGGUUUCCUUCAUAGCAUUUGCAUGGUUCUUCGUCUUUAGAAGAGAGCUGGGGCCAUCAGAGAUGUGGGCAGCCGAGGAAGGUUACAAGGUGAUGACUAGCCAUUUUCGAAGAUACAAUUACACAGAGCUCGUGGAGGCAACAAGAGAGUUCAGAGUUGAGCUAGGAAGGGGAAGAUCAGGCGCUGUGUAUAAAGGUGUACUAGAAGAUGAAAGGCCAGUGGCUGUGAAGAAGCUUAAAAAUAUAAGUCGAGGCAAGGAAGAGUUUCAAGCUGAGCUAAGCAUCAUUGGCAGGAUUAACCACAUGAAUCUUGCGAGAAUAUGGGGGUUUUGCUCAGAAGGGUCACACAGGCUGUUGGUUUGUGAGUAUGUGGAGAACGGAUCCCUGGCAAACAUUAUGUUCAGAGACCAAAAAACUUUCGUCCUGGACUGGAAGCAAAGGUUUAAUAUUGCAUUAGGUGUGGCCAAAGGAUUGGCCUAUCUUCACCAUGAGUGCUUAGAAUGGGUCAUCCACUGUGAUGUGAAACCUGAGAACAUACUGCUGGACACAGACUUUGAGCCUAAGAUCACUGACUUUGGGUUGGCGAAGUUGCUAAACAGAGCUGGAUCCAGUCAGAACAUGUCGCAGGUGCGAGGAACAGUAGGUUACAUAGCUCCCGAGUGGGUUUCUGGCCUCCCAAUCACAGCGAAAGUUGAUGUGUACAGUUAUGGAAUUGUGCUGCUUGAGCUUUUAUCUGGGGCAAGAGUUUCGGAGCUGGCUGUCGGUUCAGACGUGCACAGCAUGCUCCAGCAGCUUGUCAGUGUUCUUGCUGAUAAACUGGAGGGGCAUGAAGAAUCAUGGGUGUGUGAAUUUGUUGACCAGGAAUUGAGUGGACAGUUUAACUAUCUGCAAGCAAGAACGGUGAUCAAGUUGGCUAUUUCUUGCUUGCAAGAAGAUAGAAACAAGAGACCGACCAUGGAAUCUGUUGUCCAGACUCUCCUCUCGUUUGAUGAAGCUAGUGAUUAGUGCUAGGACUACAGCUGUUCGUGGAAUGUUUAAAUAGGGUCUACAGGAGUCAUAUUUUUUUAGAUAAGUAGUCCUAGAAGUUAUCGAGGUAAAAAGAAAGAUGCCGAAGGGUGUCAACAGAAUCUAGUGUGCUAUCAGCACAGACGCUAGGAGAAGCCAAACCACUUUGCCAGAAGGCUCCCUUCUUGGCUAGCUACCUACACACUUGGUGAAGAACAGAGGUCAGGUAGAUCACAACUAUAUUUUGUAUGUUUACCUGAAUGUGUGAUCUUGCUAAACAUAUAGGGAAUCCAGUUAUCUAUGUCAGUUUUAUUGUUGAUGUAGUGAAGAUCCUUGGUUGGAUAUAUGGAAUCGAAACUGGGAACCCUGAAAA